AUGAAACUAACAUGCACAUUACUCUUCCUCCUUGCUGUGGCAAAUAAUUUGGAGUCAUAUUUUUUCACUUUCUGUUUUGUUGAGAACUCAAGUGUACCUCAACAAACAUACAGGGUUCCAUACCUUCUAAAACUGAGUGAAUUAAUUAGAGGAUCCUCUAACGAUGACCUUAGCUACAGAAAGGUGGAAGACAAAAUAAAUUUAAGAAGAAAACGAGAAAAUGAAAACACAGGAGAUGGAAUUUAUUAUUCUACAGAGAAUAGACAAGAAGACACACAAGAUAACAAUAACUAUGAGCAACUACAGGAAAAUAAGGAAUCCCUCUUGAGUGACAGUUAUGGGAUGUCUGCACAAGAGGAGUAUGAACAAUUGUCAUCUGAAAUGCAAAAUUUGGUUGAUGAAGUUCAUGACAACAAGGCUGCUCCUUUAGAAGGAAAUGAACAGCAAGACGUGGGUGAAGAAAAAUCGAACGAGGAGAAAUCAACAGAUGAGGUGAAUUCAAUGAAUGAAGAAAAAUCAAGGGAUGACGUCCAACCUGAUGCAGAUACCAUACCAAACAAAAACGAAUGUAUAUCAUGCGGAGAGGAAGAAAAAAAAGAAAAUCAAAGUAACAUUUUUCCAGAAUCAGCAGAAGACAUAUACAAUGUGUAUAAAAAUCAAGUAGGAGAGAAUAACAAAGAUGAUAUUGAAAAUAUUCAUAACAAAAAUGAAGAAUAUGUAAAUAAUUAUCCCAUUGAUGAAACAAAUGUAAGUGUUGGUGGUGUUAAUAAAUUUAUAAAUUUAAAUGUUAAAGAGGGUGUCAAUAAAUGUAUAAGUUUAAAUGUUAAUAAUGGAAAUGACCCCAAUGGAAAUGGGCCACUAAAUUUUUACGUAAAUAUUUCUGUCGUACCUAAUAUUUCAGACGAAUUAAUAAAGGAUGUUUUUUUCAUUGUAAACAAACUUAAACAAAUGUUUGAAAUUACUGACACGGAGGAAAAUGCAGAAUAA